ACACGCGCGCCAGCUCCCGCGUCGUCCGGACGCACGCCGCCGCUUCCUCGCCGUGCCCCAGCGCCGUCAUGAACGAAGACGUGAACCAGUCCUCCCUGGCGCGGCCCAACAUGACGGUCCCUUACAACGGGACCAUCGACGACGACGAGUUAUACCAAGUGCCCGUAGAGAUCAUCGUGCUCCUGUCCUUCUGCUACGGCCUAAUAUCUUUAGUGGCCGUGGCUGGAAACUCCAUGGUCCUCUGGAUCGUGGCCACGUCGCGGCGGAUGCAGACGGUGACCAACUUCUUCAUCGCCAACUUGGCCGUGGCGGACAUCGUCAUCGGCCUCUUCUCUAUCCCGUUCCAGUUCCAGGCGGCGCUCCUGCAGCGCUGGGUGCUGCCGGAGUUCAUGUGCGCCUUCUGCCCCUUCGUCCAGGUGCUAUCGGUGAACGUCUCCAUAUUCACGCUGACGGCCAUCGCGCUAGACCGCUACCGGGCGGUGACGGCGCCGUUGCGCGCCCGGUGUUGUUCCAAGUUUAACGCCAAGGUGCUCAUCAGCAUCGUCUGGGCGGUGUCCACGGCUGCGGCCCUGCCGUACGCCCUGGCGCUCCGCGUUAUCCUGGUGUACGACAGUCGCUCGGGAGACGUGUCCCGGCCCUUCUGCAUCAACGUGGUGCUGCCCCCGUUCGCCUGGAAGGUGUAUAACCACGUGCUGGUCGGCCUGCAGUACUUCCUCCCGUUGUGCGUGAUCUGCUACACGUACGGCCGGAUCGGCAGGGCCCUGCGGACUUCGAGCACUCCCGGCAAUGCGGAGACGGUGCGAGACUCCAACAUUAUCCGGAACAAGCGAAAGGUCACCAAGAUGACUCUGGUGGUGGUGACCAUAUUUGCGCUCUGUUGGCUGCCUUACCAGUCGUACAACAUCCUUCAGGAGAUCUACCCUGCUAUCAACCAAUACCGCUAUAUCAACGUCAUUUGGUUCUGCUCCCAUUGGCUGGCCAUGAGCAACUCUUGCUACAAUCCUUUUAUUUAUGCCAUCUAUAGCGAAAAGUUCAGCGCGGAGUUUCAUGCGCGCAUGCGCUGCUGCGGCAGUCCCCGGAACAAGCAGGACGAAGUGCCCUGCUACCGACAGACGACGACGCACUCGACGCGCUACUCCAUGCGCUCGUACUCCUGAAACAACGAGAUGUGCUACCCGUGCUGGCCGCUGCGAAAAAAGCGCGGGAGAGACACUUCCCACGUCAAGACAACACGCGAACCACAGAACUGCUCGCAUGUUUGAUGGCCUUUCUUAUUUAGUCGCCAGCCUUCUCUGCCGAAGGUGUCUUCGAGUGAUUGUUCCUUUAUUUUACACGCCUUUCCUUAGAAAACGUGCGUUUCACGUUCUUUUUUUUUUUUUUUUUUUGUUUGCUUUUGUUUUAGCGAAACUAAAAGAACAAAUAAAAACCAUUGUGAAACUCUUAAAACUAGCCAGCUCGAGAGUCGAAACCAGCUCGAAACCAAUUGCAAUUUUGUGCACUGGACGAUUGCUUGCGUUAAUUUUUUGUUAAAACUCUUCACUGCGUGCUUCAUACAUUUUUACUGCGUCUUUCGUGAAGUACGAGAUAUAUACAGUUGCUUUGUACGAUGUAAAUAGUGUGCUUCCAACGCCUACAUGAGUAGUAGUCUUGACAUUUCACAACGAGCGUUCGCGAACAAUUCGUUCAACAAUUUCAGAGCAAGUCAGUACAAGCGGAACGAUUAUAAAACUUUUCUUCUGAUAACUGUGAUGUGUCCUUAGGUUUUUAUCUUGAAACGAAUAUAACAGCUACCCUUUGCCCUCUUAUAACAAAAUGAAAGCUUCAAAAUCUGGUUUCGCUCCCAACUUUAAAUCUUGUAGAUAUUGGUCAACGAAUGCAUAUAGGAGUAGUUGCGGUACAGAGUACUUAGUUAAUCUUGGUGCGACGGUUCUCUUCUUGAAAUCACUUGUGCCUUACAAAUGGUCUUCAUUGUAGCGCAUAAGACAUUGAAUCUUAAAGAAACUUUUCCGCCACCACUUAGGGUCCCUUGCUUUCAUAAUCGUGAAUGUCUGUCGUGUAUAUACGUAGAGCCAUUAAGGCACAUUUUAAUCGCGAAAAAAUAAUUUUGACAAGCCCAGCAUAUGCGCAUGUUGCUCUGGGCUCGAAAGCUACCGACGCAACAUCUAAAGCUCAAGAAGAAAACGUAUCCAAACUCUUCGCUGGAUACACGGCAAGUUUGGUGUGUGCGUAGCUUUGAAAACUUUUGAAAAUCUAAUGACCGCAUCUCCGACGUCAAUAAAGCUGUAAGACAUCUGCAACCCA